AUGAUCCACUUCAAGGAUGCGGUCGGCAUGCUGUGGUAUGCGCUGCUCCUGGCACAAGAAUCGCACCACGAGCAGCAACGCCAGUCGAUCUGGAGCAGCGUGAAAUUCACCACGGAAGAUGUGGCGCUGAAGAAGGGUACAGCAGCAGCUGUGCAGAGUCAUCGCCAGAGUUGUGGGGGUGUCGGCGGUGGCGGUGGCAGUGGCAGUGACCCCAAAGGCAGCGCCGGUGCCUCCAUCCCAGCCGUCUCACCUACGGCCUCGACCACUGGCCCACUGUCAACCGCGGUGCAGCGGAGCGACUGCGAGUUCGACAGGUGGGGAGACGUGGACUGGACGCUGCUUGCCGCCCACGUCUACGCUCUGACGAGAGAGCUGCACAGUGCUCGUGCACUCCACCGCGUCGUUGCGGAGGACAUUUAUAAGGGGGCAUACAACGGUGAUCGAGAGGCAAUGUGUGCGGCGUGCGCGCUGCAGCAUGCCGAGAUGCUUGCCUUUUACGCCAAAGAGGUGCAGGAAGAGGAGGUGCGUGCGGCAACGGUACGGCUUCAAACGCCGUUGCCCAUCCGUGCCGGCGUCGCCGGCGGCGGCAGCAGGCUGGCAUGCACGGCCGGUGUGCUGCCAAUCGACUCGUCCCUGGCGCCCUCAUCAUCGAUGGCGGGGGCUCGCGCAGCACGCCCUCCAGUUACGGCGGGUAUACAAGGCCCAGCAUCCUCUUUGCAGAACUCUAGCAGCGGUGAGGGCAGUGCCGCGCCUGCCUUGCCGUCUACGCGUUCCGACUCCGGAGCGUCUUUGCUGGCCCCGACGCAGUGGGGCGGAGCGUCGACGAUGCCGCGGGCAGCCGCCGUAUCCCACCCUGUCAGCCCUUACCCGAGCGGCGCUAAGCAGACGACGACAGGCGAGACAAUCGCGGAUGUGCGCGUGGCCGGCGUGCCCGCGUCUGCCGGGGCAAGCACUGCUACGUGCGCCCCAGGCUCUUCGCCACCCUCUUCCCAACGCGACAGAGAUAUCGUUGGAUUGCAUGCAGCCGGUGGGACGGGCAGGGCGGUUUCAACGGACGACGGGCAGUUGUUAGCGCUACUGCCACACACACGGCUGGGAAGUGUUGCUGGCGUCCCGCAGCACUGCAGCCACGCCGUGGCCGAUCAGAGUGCAGCCAUCUCCGGACAGUCGCUGGGCACGAGCGUAGCGCACAAGGGCGACCACACCGUGCUGCCUUCCACGACGCGGCCGCCGUCGCCGUUCGAGCCGGAUCCUCUCGACUCGCCAUGGUAUGUGCUCUGGUGCUCCUUGCCAUCUCCACAGGCCCGCGCUCAGCUGCACCUGCUCCGCUACGCCACCCCGCUCUCUCUGGAGGACUUCUCCUCGCUGCUCGAGCAGUUCUUCCUGGUGGACGGAGCUGAUGACUUUCUCUCCCCAGUGCAUGCAGCCACCAUCAUGGAGUUCGCCGGCGUGCGCUCUGGCCCCUACAACACCAUCGUGCGUUCUCCUCUAAGCCUCGCCGAGGUGCGUCGCUACAUCUCUGAGAGCCACCGCCAAUACGCGCGUGCAGCCAUGACGGUGCGUGCGAACCACGCAGAGGGUGUUGCCAGCGUCGAGGCAAGGUCUCGCCCUUUACUUGGCACACCUUCGUCGAACCCUGCAUCAGCACUGGCCACGUCCUCCACACUGGAGACGUCGCACGCUGCCGUUGCCGGCAGCGGUUUUUCGGCUCCAUCAAUGCCGACCUCUACGAAGGCUGAGUACCGCGGUUUGCGGCGCGGAGGUGCUCCGUCGGCCGGCGCACUCGGCAGCGACGCCCGCUCUCUCCUGGACAGCGCCGCAAGCAGUGAGAGGCGCAUUCUGACACUAGCAGAGCUGGAGCGCAGUAUUUGGCACGUGGCAGCGAACUGCGUUGUCUUCAACGCACCAGAGUCCCGCUACCCCCGCACCGCGCGGCACUUUGCGGCGGCAUGCAUCGCAAUCAUGACGCGGUACUGCGAGAAGCAACUGGCUUCCUUCUUCAUCGCUUGA